AUGACCCAGACCCUCUACACACGGGAGGACCCUCGUAACCUGGGCGGCGGCUGGGCGCCCCCCGCCCCGUUGCGCACCUGGUCCACCUGCCACCGAAGGCGCAGGGGCGCCCCGAUUUACAAGCGGCGCCGCCGCUACGGCCCCAAGUCUGAGUAUGAGCCCCCCUGGAAGCAGCCGAAGCAGCAGCACGGCCCGGGCCCGUGGUUCCAGCCACCGCGACGGCCCUACUGGGCCGUGUCCGCUGACGGGGGGCGCCGCGGGGGGCCCUGGCGCCCGCCCCCCGGGGGCUUCUGGCGGCGGCCCGGCCGCGUGCAAGUGAUCCGGGUGUACGGCCUGCACCCCGUCUGCCUGUGCUGCUGCUCGUGCUGGCGCGGGCCCUGGAAGCGCGGCUGGGCGCGGCCCCCCGGCAGGAAGCAGCGCUGGGGCCGCCGCGGCCGCGGCCCGCGCCGCCAGCCUCGCCGCCCCUCCCCGCCGCGCCCGCCCGCCGCGCUGAGCACCCUGCUCCGGCCCGUCAACCUGUACGGGUGGCGCGCGCCGGGCAUGCGGGCGCCGCGGAACACCACGCAGUUCAUCAUGAACCAGAUCUACGAGGACAUGCGGCAGGAGGAGCUGGAGCGCCAGCAGGCGGCGCUGCGGAGCCAGCAGGCCGCCCCCGGGGGCUCCUCCCAGAGCGACGAGGCCCCCCGCGGCGAGGAGGGGGAGGGGGCGGGGGAGGAGGAGGAGCGGGAGGAGGAGGAGGACGCCGGCCCGUGGGGCGCUCCGUACGGCGGCGGCGUGCAGGACCCGUCGCUCGUCUUCAGUCCCGACCCCGACCGGGAGCUCGGGUCUCCCGCCGCACCGCUGGGGCAGGAGGAGGAGGAGGAGGGGGAAGAGUGUGAGUGCGAGUGUGACAACGAGGAGAGUGAUGGGGAGGAGGAGGAGAGCCAGGAGGAGCAGGAGCAGGAGCAGGAGGAGGAGGAGGAGGCCUCAGAUGAUGAAGAGGAGGAGGUCGAAGAGGCUGACUGUGUGGAGGAGGGGGAGGAGGACCGGGAGGAGGAGGAGGGGGAGGAGGACCAGGAGGAGGAUCAGGAGGAGGAGGAGGGGGAGGAGGGGGAGGAGGACCAGGAGGAGGAGGAGGAGGAGACAGAAGAGGAGGCCGUGGAGGAGGAGGAGGAGCCGAGAGAGGAAGAGAACCAUUUACCUCUGCAAAUGCCUUUGUCUUUCCUAGUGGGGGCCGAGGAAGAGAGAGAGAACGUUCUAAACUGUGCUUAUUUAAGCCCCAAGCAGAUCAUUCCUAGAGUGGCCCAGGAAGCCCUCCUCGUGGUUGAGACAUUAACUGUUAGCAGGAAAGGGAUUGAGGAUGGGAUGGAACUGAUGUGA